ACUGUUUCCCUAGGCUGGCUUCGAACCGCGAUCCUCCUGAUCUUUGCCUCCCGAGUAGCUGGGAUUACAGGUGUGAGCCAUCAGCCCCUGGCUCUAAGUGAAUUACUUUGAGGAGUGGUCUUCUUUAGUGUAGAUGACAUCCUUGCAAUCUCUUUGGUAAUCAUGAUUCCCGAUAUAUCAGUAGGUUGUACAGCUACAAAAGUGCCCUUCAGAAGAUCUUAAAGAACAGAAGACAAAUUGGGUCCGAGUAACACAGCCAGCCUCUAGAAACUUCUCUGAGUUGGAAUGAUAAUGACAGAAUCCCGGGAAGUUAUAGACUUAGACCCUCCAGCUGAGACUUCCCAAGAGCAGGAAGACCUCCUCAUAGUGAAAGUGGAAGAGGAAGAUUGCACCUGGAUGCAGGAGUACAACCCGCCUACUUUGGAGACCUUUUACCAGCGAUUCAGACACUUUCAGUACCAUGAGGCACCAGGUCCCCGGGAGGCGCUCAGCCAGCUCCGGGUGCUCUGCUGUGAGUGGCUGAGGCCUGAACUGCACACUAAGGAGCAGAUCCUGGAGCUCCUGGUGCUGGAGCAGUUCCUGACCAUCCUGCCUGAAGAGUUCCAGGCCUGGGUCAGAGAUCAUCACCCCGAAAGCGGAGAAGAGGCCGUGGCUGUGAUUGAAAGCAUACAGAGUGAACUUGAGGACCGCAGACAACAGAUUAUUACUCAUCCUGAAGCGCUUCCUCAGAAGAUAGGACCAUCUGGAGCAGCCCAGGAGUCCUUCAGUCAUCAGGUCCUGUCUGGGGACCCCAAGCCUGAGCAAGAGCCACAGAAGCCCCAUCUUCUGGAGGAUAAUGCCCUUCCUGUUCUUCACAUUCCUUCCCUUCCCCUGAAGGACAGCCAGGAGCUGACAGCAUCACUUCUCUCAGCUGGGUCCCAGAAGUUGGUGAAAAUUGAAGACGUGGCAGAUGUGGCUGUGUCCUUUAUCCUGGAGGAGUGGGAACAUUUGGAUCAGUCCCAGAAGUCUCUGUAUAGGGAUGGCAGGAAGGAGAACUAUGGGAGUAUUGCUCCCAUGGAGUGUGAGUCCAGCGACAGCAGUGGAGGGUUAGUGGUGAAGCAGACGACCAACGGCGCGGACUCGCACUGGACGGCUGCAGGAAGUGCAGAAGGAAACGCUCCCCGGAGUCAGGGCUUUGCAGACCGCAGUGACCUGAAGGGCAUGGCGCAGAGGUGGCGGGUGAACCCCACGGUGGGGAAGUCGAGGCAGAACGCCUCCCAGAGAAGCACUCUUGGCCCGAGUGCAGACGCGCCCCGAAAGCAGGGCACGAGUGGUGAGAGAGGUCACCGUUGUGGGGACUGUGGGAAGUUCUUCCUCCAGGCGUCCAACUUCAUUCAGCACCGGCGAAUCCACACGGGAGAAAAGCCCUUCCGGUGUGACGAGUGCGGCAAGAGCUACAACCAGCGCGUGCACCUCACGCAGCACCAGCGGGUCCACACCGGCGAGAAGCCCUACAAGUGCCAGGUGUGCGGGAAGGCCUUCCGCGUGAGCUCCCACCUGGUGCAGCACCACAGCGUCCACAGCGGGGAGCGGCCCUACGGCUGCAGCGAGUGCGGCAAGAGCUUCGGCCGCCACUCGCACCUGAUCGAGCACCUGAAGCGCCACUUCCGAGAGAAAGCCCAGAGAUGCAAUGACAAAAGAACUAAGAAUAUAAAAAUGAAUGUUAAGAAGAGAAUUUCAGAAUUCUCAGAAGCAGACAUGGAUCUGUCAGGGAGAACCCAGAGGGAAGGUUCUCAAGUUCAAGGUUUUGGCGAAGGCUGUGAACGAGACGGCAAGACAGACAGAAAACAGGGAAUUCCCGUGAAAGAAAUUCUAGGACAACCAUCCUCCAAGAGGCUGAGCUGCAGCGAUGCCAUCUGUGUCCACAAAAAGUCCUCUGCAGGAGAGAGGCCGCACAAGUGCAAUGAAUGCGGAAAGAGGUUCAUCCAGAGUGCACACCUCAUUCAGCACCAGCGCAUACACACGGGGGAGAAGCCAUUUCGGUGUGACGAGUGUGGCAAGAGCUACAACCAGCGCGUGCACCUCACACAACAUCAGCGGGUCCACACCGGUGAGAAGCCCUACAGCUGCCCCCUGUGCGGGAAGGCCUUCCGGGUGAGGUCCCACCUCGUGCAGCACCAGAGCGUGCACAGUGGGGAGCGGCCCUUUAAGUGCAGUGAGUGUGGCAAGGGCUUCGGGAGGCGCUCACACCUCGCCGGCCACCUUCGACUCCACUCGAGAGAGAAAUCCCACCAGUGUCACGAGUGUGGGGAAAUCUUUUUCCAGUACAUCAGCCUCAUUGAGCACCAGGUGCUACAUGUGGGGCAGAAGGAUGAAAAAAAUGGGGUUUGCGAAGAAGCGUCCAGUUGGAACUUGACAAUGAUGGAGGAUAAAAAGAUGGAGUUACAGGAGCAGCCUUAUAAGUGUGAUGUCUGCGGGAAAGCCUUCAGUUACACUGCAGACCUUAUUCAGCAUUACAGAACUCACACUGCAGAGAAAACCCAUAAAUGUGACCUGUGUAGAGAAAAGGGUGGCCAGUGUUCCCACGUAAAGCAACAUUCUAAAAUCUACUCCAGUACAAAACCUCAUCAAUGCAGCGAAUGUGGACGAGGCUUCACUCUGAAGUCACAUCUCAACCAGCAUCAGAGAAUCCAUACUGGUGAGACGCCCUUCCAGUGCAAGGAGUGUGGCGUGAGUUUCAGCUGGAGUUGCAGUCUCUUUAAACAUCUCAGAAGCCAUGAGAGGACAGAUCCCACAAACACUGUAAACGUGUAGGCGUUUUAUUGCAAACAGCCUAGUUUUACAGAGGCCUUCCAGAAGAGAAACCUCCUACUGUACUGAGCAUAACAGCAUGAAGCAUUUUUCCAACAAAACCAUCAAACCUGUGGUGAAGUCCUUCGGCCUGGAGGGACACUGGCCUGUCCACAGUAAAUAAAUGCCUGUUGGCUUUCUCUGUUGAGAAACGCUGUGGUUAGCAUCUUGAAAGUGUAGACAGACAACCUGUGGGAAUUUUGGAUGAAGGAAUCCUUCAGAUGAUAGUCAUUGUUUAUUUCAGACUCAGAAAAUUUGACACACAGAAAAGCCUCAUGAAUGCUGUAGAAAUAAGCUUUAUUUGUAGUUUCUGCCUUGUUCAAUAGCAUAUCUAUUCAGGGAAGACUUCAGUGAAGGAAAGAACUCUCCAGCAUGAUAAGUUCAUUUUGGUACCUCAGCAAGGAGCCGUUUCUAGAAACAAUGACUCCAACCACUGGACUACACUAGUCAUUGUUCCUGUCUUGAGUAUU